AGGGGCGAAGGGGGCGUGGCCGGCGGGGCGGGCGGCAGCCAAUGGGGCGCGCGGGGGGCGUGGCCGGGCUUCCAGAGAGUUCGGAGACGGGCGGCGGAGCGGAGCACGGCGAGGAAGACGAUGGUGAAGGAGACGGGCUACUACGACCUGCUGGGCGUGCGCCCGGGCGCCAGCCUGGACGAGAUCAAGCGGGCGUACCGGCGCCUGGCGCUGCGCUACCACCCCGACAAGAACCCCAGCGAGGGCGAGCGGUUUAAGCAGAUCUCGCAAGCCUACGAGGUGCUGUCGGACGCCCACAAACGGGCUCUCUACGACCGCGGCGGCGAGCGGGCGAUGAAGGAGGGCGGCCUGGGGGGCCGGGGGGGCGGCGGCGGCGGCUUCGGGUCCCCCAUGGACAUCUUCGACCUCUUCUUCGGCGGCGGAGUGAGGAUGAGGGGCCGGGCGGACAGGAGAGGGAAGACGGUGGUGCACCAGCUCUCGGUGUCGCUGGAGGACCUCUACAACGGCGCCACGCGCAAGCUGUCCCUGCAGAAGAACAUCAUCUGCAGGAAGUGCGGAGGCUGCGGGGUGCGGGAGGGGGCGCAGCGGCGCUGCCCCAAGUGCCACGGCUCGGGGAUGGAGGUGCGCAUCCACCAGCUGGGGCCCAGCAUGAUCCAGCAGAUCCAGACCGUGUGCUCCCAGUGCCAGGGCCAGGGCGAGUGGAUCCGGCCCCGCGACUGCUGCCUCACCUGCAACGGCCGCAAGGUCGUGCGGGAGAAGAAGAUCCUCAGCGUGCACCUGGACAAAGGCAUGAAGGACGGGCAGAAGAUCACCUUCCACGAGGAAGGGGACCAGGUUCCCGGCCUGGAGCCCGGGGACAUCAUCAUCGUCCUGGACCAGAAGGAGCACCCGGUGUUCCGGCGGAGCGGCGACGACCUCAUUGUCAGGAGGGAGAUCAGCCUGGCGGACGCGCUCUGCGGCUGCCGCCAGGUCAUCCGCACCCUGGACAACAGGACCCUGCUCGUCGCGUCCCAGCCAGGUGACGUUAUCCGGCCCGGGGACAUGAAGUGUGUCCCCAACGAGGGGAUGCCCGUCUACAGGAGCCCCUUCCAGAAGGGCAAACUCAUCCUCAAGUUCGAGGUGAAGUUCCCCGACCCCGGCUGGCUCCCGACCGAGCGCCUGCGGCAGCUCCAGGCCUUCUUCCCGCCCCAGGAGGAGGUGAUGGCCACCGAGGACACGGAAGAAGUGGAGCUCAGCGACUACACGUCCCACGGCGGGCCCGGCCGGCGGCCCUACACGGGCGAGGCUUACCACGAGGACGACUUGGAGGACGGCUCGCGCCAGCACGUCCAGUGCCAGACCUCGUAGCCGGGGGCCCGCGGCCUCCCCGGGGGGCGGGGGGGUGGCGGCGGCAGCAGCCGGGCUCGUCCCGCGGAGGGGCCGGGGGGCAGCGCGGCGGGGAAGGGGCUCGGAGAGCCGUCACGUUCAGGGAUGUACAUAGGUCGCCUUUCCCGCAGCGCUUGCCCUCCCUCACCCCCCCCCCCCUCCCCCGGGGAGGGGCAGAGCCACCCUCGGGAGCCCUCUCCUCUCCCCGAGGAGCUGCGUGCGCCGUGGGGCGGCCGCAUCGUGCCCGCGGGUGCAGCCCCGGGGGGCGCGUCGUGCGCCGGGACUGCGCGGCCCUGGACUGAUGGCGAAGGGGUGGGGGGUGGGGGGGGGCAACCUCGCCGCCUGCCUCAGUUUCCCCGGCGCGGGGCUGGGGGGGGGGGGGGGCCGCGCAGCCGGGCAGCUCCGAAAAAUUUGCACCGCGGAGCCGAGUUGGGGAAGGGGGGAACCCCCCCCGGCUCCGCUGCCGUCCCCGUCUGCUCUGCCCCGGCGUGGGGCCGGGGUCGUCGUCCCCCCCCCCCACAAUCCCGCAGCUCCUGCCCCCCGCGGGGUGCUGCGGCCCCCCCCCGGUCACUUGCUUUGCCCGUUUCUUUCCUUGCUGGAGCUGGGUCUGGCUGGGGAGCGGAGGGCUUUUCUCUUUUCUCUUUGCACAGAAGGGGGUGGGGGGGGGACCCGUCCCUUUAAUUUAUUU